UCUCCGUGUCUGUAUUUGUCACCUAGCAGCCAGGAGGAAGAGGAGGAGGAGGCCGCCUCAAGGUACUAUGUCCCCAGCUACGAGGAAGUGAUGAACACCAACUACUCAGAAGCAAGGGAGCUGGACCAGAACCCGAGGAUGAGCAUCUCUCUCCCCUCCUAUGAGUCGCUGACGGGGCUCGAUGAGACGAGCCCCCCGACCACCAGGGUCGACGUGGAGAACAGCCCGGGCAGUCCACCCGAGAGACAGAACUCCAAGUUGGCCAAACGGCUGAAGCCACUGAAAGUUCGAAGGAUUAAAUCCGAAAAGCUUCACCUCAAAGACUUUAGGAUCAACCUCCCAGACAAAAAUGUCCCACCUCCCUCCAUCGAGCCUUUGACUCCUCCACCACAGUAUGACGAAGUCCGGGAGAAGGCCCCUGACACCCGGCCACCCGACUGAAGGGCCCCUCUUGGAGCCACAUUCCCACCUGUCUCUCACGUGCCCCGCACCAACAGACAAUUACGAAGUCACCCCAGCCACAGUUGAGAAGUACAGGGGCCAGAUGCGCACUUAGCGAUGUGGAUGGGGGGGAGGUGGGACUCUGUGUAUCGGGAGUGACUGUGAUGUUCCACAGAGCCUCAUGCAGCAGGUGUAUGGGAAAGAGAUGGUGCCUUGGAGCUCACGAUUCUGGGGACCACAUCAAGGGGUGUGGCCCAGGCAUCUGCCCCAUCUUCCUUCCUCGACUCUGAACUGCUGGCCACACGCUCCUUCCAGCUAGGAAUGAAUAGCCAGCCACUGGGUUAGGUUGUGGUUGUUCUGUUUUGCUUCCACUAGGACUGUUUGGUUUCAAAAAGAAAACUUUUGCAUUUGCUCCCUCCACUGCAGUCCUGAACUGCGGGUAGGAAAUAGGACUCAGCUUUGCAGCAAGACCACAAGGCCGUUUUGUAGAGUAAGCAGGGACGACGUGGGGGUAAGGCCCAGGCGGUGGCUCUCUGAGCCCCAAUGCUGUCGAUCUU